GGACAGCGUCAGCGCAGAAAAUUAUUCAUGCAACUGCAACAAAUGCCGGUACAACGACGAUGGCAAUGCGUACGCAGCGCACAAUUGACGCGAAAAGAAAACGUCGUCGAGCAACGAUUGCAAAUAAGGAAAAUAUACCGUGUACAUCAACACCAAUGGUACCAAGACUACGUAACAGUCCAUUAGUUUUAACUCCAUUAGCUGAUAUAUUAAAUGUGACACCAGAAUCGAGAUCAACACGUAGUAACGAAAGACGUAGAAUAGAUGCAGCAAAUUAUGCUUCUACCCUACCAAAAUAUGAGGAGGAAUAUUCACCAAGUACUGUGCUACCAACUGGACAACAAUUAGCAUUACGUGGCUUAUUACCUGAUCCAUUUCUGGGAAAUCCACGUUAUUUCACUACACCAGAACUAACACAACAACAGCGUACUGGUAGACUCGAUGCUACGAAUUUUACAAAAUCGUUGCCAAAACGAAAUUUGGAGCAGGAAUUUGUAGCAAUCGCUAAAGAACAAGAAAAUAGUACUAAGAUCACACCAAAAGUUAAUGCCACAAACUUGCAUUCAUCUAAAAUGGGCGAUCAAACUUUGGAUCAUUUAAUCGAUGCGAUACUUGAAUCAGCACGUAAAGAUGAAAAGAAGAAGAAAACGCGUAAAUCUUUUAAUCUCAGAAGACGUACUUUAUUGAAAAAUCAGGCUGAAAAUAUGAGUGAAGUUAUUUUGUCACCAUCAUAUGCUGCUGGAGAUGAUCCUGCAAGUGAUUUAACAUUUUUGCUUAUUGAACCUGUGGCGAACACUAAAUCUUUUACUGCAGUCACACCAAAAAUCUCACUCUCAUCAACAUUAAGUACGCCUGAUCCUGCGACACCUUUACCAGGUACACCGAUAUCAGAUGUUGUAUUAUGUCAAAUGCCUACACCUCUACCGAGAUCGAUAUCUUGUCUAAGAAGAAAUGUCAGAAAUGAUUCUACUAAUACUUUUAAGCUUGAAACUCCUGUAAAAGCUUUAACACAGAAAAGACGCAGAAGAGUUGAGGAAGAAACAGAGAUGCAGACUGUAACCCCUAAGAAAUCAAGAGUGGAUGCUAAAAAUUAUUUUGAAAUCGGAGUGGCGUUACCUUCGAUAUACGUUUAA